AUGGGCGAGUUUUGCGAGAUUGGCUCGAUCCUACUGCCAAACAUAACAUGGCUGACGGAUGGAGUCAAUGCAUUCGGGCAGUCGUACGUGGAGAUUCACCAAUAUGUGGCGACGUUUCUGUGCAUAGUCGGUAUGUUAUGACAGCUUUCUUAUUUUUAAGCCUAAAUUCCGUUUUAAGCCUAAAAGUUCAGCUUAAGCCUAAAAUUUUAUUUUUAAGCCUAACCUUUCAGUUUAAGCCUAAACUCUGCACUUUUAGGUACCCUGAUGAAUCUGACUACAGUAAUCGUACUCACCCGACCAUCGAUGAUAUCUCCAGUCAACGUGCUCCUCUGUGCCGUAGCCAUUUGUGACAUUCUCGUCAUGACCUCCUACCUCGUCUUCAUAGUCCACUUUCACCUACUCGCACCAUCGCGAUGCAAUUUGGAAGACUACAGCUACGGUUGGGGCGUCUUUACCAUGGUACACGCUCACGUAUCCGUGAUAUGUCAUGCCACUUCCAUUUGGCUGACUGUAUCCUUGGCUCAAAUACGAGUAUUGACCAUACGACGGGCUACGGCUGGUCCUACAACACAAAUUACGGAGAAGUUCAGUAUCAUUUUGGCUACUGUAACAUUGAUCAUCAUGGCUGCGGUGAAUUUGCCCAAUUUUAUGACAUUUGAGGUGCGUUAUCAAUGGUCUUUAUAAGAUUAGGUAACAAACAAAAACGAAAGGCGUUUUAGAUUUACUAUCUUUAAUAUUUUAUCGGUCAAAAAGUUUAUAGAAACGGCAAAAAUAGCUCAAGAAGACCUUGAAAUGGCUUCUUUUGACCAAAAUUAAGUUUUUCCAUUGAGUUCUACCGACUUUUUGACCGAUUCAAAAUUUCGUAUAGUGAGAAUGGGUAAAGAUGUGUAUUCCAGAAACUUUUCGACCGCUUGUACUCAAUUCUACAAACUUUAUGACCGGUUAAAACUAUUAUAAACAAUCACAACUAAAAUAUCAGGUUUCUUCGGACAUUUUGACCGAUUAAAGCAAAUUCUAUAAAUUUAUACGACUUACUAACGUAAAGUCCAUAAAAUUCUUGACCGAUUGAAAUCAAAUCCACAAAGAUACGUCUUAUUUCAGAUUGACGAAAUCCCAGCCGAAUACUUCAUGUCGUGCCUGGUAAACGAUGGCGUUUCAAUGGAAGAUGCCAUAGCCAACUCAACCAAAAUGGUUUACACUCUACGGGCACACGAAAAGGAUUGUAUGAAGCUAAAAGUAAGUUUUUUUAGGCUGGCUUUUGAGGCGAAAAUUUUAAUUUUUCAAAAAAACAUUUUUUUGACAAUCAUGGUCAAUGUUUUUGCUUGUAAAGUGUUGAAUUGUCCUUUUCCGUUUUCUUCAUUAUGCUUUUACUGCUGUUUCACUUUUCCGGCGCAAUUUAAAGAAGCUCAAGCAGUUUGCGUCUUCAAAUCUUCUGUUUUCAAUUUGAUAUUGAUGUAAUCAAAGUUUUUGAUACUUUUUGGACAACAAGAACAUGCUGAUCAGCUUGAAUACAUCAAAAAAUUCAAGGUGAGCUUUUUUAUUUUGUUUUUGUCUUACUUUUAGGUAUACGGAAGGCAAUGACAGCUCAUCUUAUGGUUUACAUUGAAAAGAGGUGUCAUGGAUAAUAUCGGAUCACAUAACUUGUUUAUUUUUGAUGCUAUGUCCAACUUUGUGGAUUUAAAAGUUGCGUAUUGAUGUCUAGAACAUGUUAAAAGUAAACAAAGUUAUUUAUUGGGGCAUUAAAGUGUUUGAGACAGAUUUAUAUUAUCCAUGGCACACUGUUUUGAUGUCAUGGAUAAUAUCGGAUAAAACUUCAUUCUUAUGCGAUUUUAAUAGUGCUCUUGAUGUUUAAAAGUUUAAAUACAUCAAUGCGCAAUUUUUGAAUAUAAAGUUCAGCAUUUAUAAUUAGAAAGCACUGGCGUAUGGGCGAUUUUUAGUUGAUGAAGGCAACAUUACCUACGACAAUAAAAAAACAAUGAAAAACAUAACUUAGAAAGCCAAAUCUGCUUGUAAUACAGUUAUGCUUACGUACAAAAGCAGUAAAAAUGUUAUGAAAACAAAAAUAAAGAAUAAUUAAACAUUUUACAAGCAAAAAUAUUAUCCUUCAGGUCAAAAAUACUUCUAAAAUUGAAAUUUUAAGCGUGAAAGUCGAAUUUUGGACUUAGGAUUGAAUCAAACUUUUAGAAUAUGCAAAUUUUUUUCCUCACUUUUAAACCCCACAUUUCAGAUGGCAUUUUGGUCAAACGGCAUGAUUUUCAAAGUGGUACCAUGUCUACUACUCACUGUAUCCAUCGUAGCACUUUUAAAAAUCAUUGCCGAUGUUUCGAAUAAACGAAAGAAUUUGGCUCAAGUAAUGAAGAAAAAAGUGCCAAAGGAUCAUACCACGCCCAUGCUGGUGGCUGUACUCAGUAUUUUCUUAAUUGCCGAACUACCACAAGGUGUUAUGUUGGUCAUGACGGGUAUUUUCUCAAGCGAUACUUUCAAAAAAACUGUAAGUUUUGGAGAUUUGUGAGAGGGGUAGCGUAUGGUAGGGAUGUGUGGGGUUGGAUUGGGUAAGGUAAGGUAGGGUAGGACAGCGUAUGGAAGGGUAGGUCUUAAUGUCAAAUUUCUAGAUAUAUCAACCACUGGGCGAUUUCAUGGACUUCCUAUCCUUGCUGAACUCAGCCAUUGGCUUCUUUAUUUACGUUGGAAUGUCACGCAAGUUCCGAUCCGUCUUCUUCCAGUUGUUCUUCUCUUUGAUCCAUUGUACACCUUACAGGUAGGUUAUCAGAUUUGUGGUUUACAUCGUAUGUUAUUUGAUUUUACCUUGUUUUUAUGACAUUUUAUUAGCCAUAAGAUAUUUAUGACAUGGUAUUGUACAGUAUGAAUGUUAUAUAGUAUGUCAUGACUUGGUACUGCAUAGUACUAGUGCUAUAUAGUACGAUACUAAAUGGUCUACAUAUAGUAUUGUACUGUGUUGUUCAUAUAGUAUAGUACUAUAUGGUCUAUACAGUAUGGUACUAUAUAGCACGACACUGUGUAUUACUAUCAAUAUAAGGCAUACUGUUACCAUAUAUGACAUACUGUACAUACAAUACGCUACUGUAAGAUCUAUUAAGCUUUAAACGUUUUCAAUGUUCUACCCUGUUGGGCUUAGUGUAACAUAAUAUAUGCGAUGCAAAACACUGUCCCCGUUAUACUAACCUGCACUUUACCAUGUAGUUGUUGUUGUUGAAUUAACUUUAGGCCUAAAGUUAAUUUUUAAGCCUAAAAUUUUGUUUUUAAGUUUAAAAUUUCAUUUUUAAGCCUAAACUUCAUUUUUAAGCUUAAAAUUUUAUUUUUAUGCUUAAAAUUAAUUUUUAAGCCUAACUUUCACUUUAUGCUUAAACUUCAAUUUUAAGCCUAAAAUUUCAUUUUUAAGCCUAAAUUUCAAUUUUAAGUCUAAAUAUCAUUUUUAAGCCUCAAAUUUAUUUUUCAGCCUAAUUUUUAAAAAUUUGUGUCACUUUUACAACAACACUCUACAGUAAUAUUAAUCCUAACUUACCGUAUUUGACGUUUUUUUCCGGCUGUUUUACCUCGAUAUUUGGCUUGAUUGGAACAAAGAUCUAUCUUCUUUGAUUACCUUGACUUGUAUAUGUUUCUAUUACUUUAAGUUGGCACUUUUCAAUUUUGUUAUUAUGACAUUUUUGGCAUUUUUAUGUUUUAUAUGGGUUUUUAUUUGGUAUACUUAUGUUACUUUGACGUAUUUUAUUUAUUUUGUAAUGGUUACUGUAUCAAACGUGGAAAUACUGUAAUAAAUACCCCCAUUCACUUACCCUUGCCCGUACUCAUACCUUUAUUCCUAGUCUUGCCCUACCCAUAUACCCUAUUCCAUCCUACCUUAACAUACCCUUUCCUACUCUACCAUAUUCAACCCUAUUAUACCCCUACUCCUCCCGAUCUCCCUGUCCCAGCCUGCUGUAACAUACGCUUGAUACUGUAACAUUUUUUGUCUGAUUGUUGUGUGUUUCAAGUUUUUUUUGAAUGUUGAUUGUAACGCUAUGUUGACGGACGAAAUUGCACUGAUCUAACUGAUUUCGAGCUUAGUUUAGUAUGAUGAUGAGUUAGCUUCAGUUUAAUUUAACACAAAUGCGUUUGGUUUUGGCUUGAGAACGAUAUGAUUUUAACAAAACCUUUGUUUCGACUCUUUCGUUUUUUCUCGGUUGUCUAUUGUCAUAUUAGGAAAUUGUUUAUCAUCAUGAUAUUAGGAUUUAUUAUCAUAUCAAUAUAUUGUCUAUUACAACAUCAUAAAGUAGAUAUCGUACAGUGUAGCUGCUGUAUAUAACGAACUCUUUAUGUAAUAGGAUUUAGAUAUACUGGAGCUUCGCUGUAAUACUACUUGCCACAAUUCCCAAUCGAAAUACCGUUUUUUUGUUUAUUAAAACGAAAAUUACUACUGUGAAACUCCAGUACAACGAACUCUUCGGUGAAAACUGCACAGUGCAUUUAAAACUCUUUUAUUUCUAAGGCUCUUUAUAACGAGCAAAUUUCAAAUCUUUCAGUGCUUCGUUUUACAGGAGUUUUACUCUAUAUUUUUUUGGCUAGGUUCUUUUUAAUUUUAGGCUUUGGUCAAACUUUAUCUAGGUUACUCAUUUCUAUCCUACACACACAACUAUUGCAACAAUCAUUUUGUAGUCUUCGCAUAUUUAAUUCUUUCAAAAAUUUGUAUCCAAUCAAACCAAAUCCAAACUCUAACACCAAAUUCAAAAACUCACGAAACAGCUAACAACUUUCAACACUAACCACUUGGCCUACAAACCACAGCUAAAAAAUGUAGUUUAGAUUUGGUUAUAAGUAGUUUUAUCAAUAUGGGAUAGUUGGUGAUAUGAUAUUUCGGAAUGCACGGUGAAGGUUUCUGAAUUUACUAAAAUUACAGUAUCUAGUCAAAAAAUAAUGUAAAUUUUUUUUGUCAUAACUCUAUCAAAACAAGUACGAAUUUUGAAAAAUUGUGUUUUUUCAGCUCAUAGGGCAAGGUCAUGAAGGGCAUGGCAGGGUAGGACAGUGCGGGUCAGGAUGGGGUAGGGUAGGGCAAAAUAGGGUCGAGCCAGGCGGGAUAGUAUAGGUCAGGUUAGGGUGGUGUUAAACAUGAAGAACGGACCGCGCCAGCCUUGACCCAAAUUGAGGUCGAGCUGCACUUGAUCAAAAUUUUGAUCGGGCUGGGCCUAACACUCAGGCCAGGCCCGAUUCCUCAUGCCAAACACCACUCUACCCUGACCAGUGGGGUAGAAAUGGUAGGCUAUUGUAGUGUAGGGUAGGGUAAAAAACUGUCAUUUUAAACAAUAAGUACAAAAAUUAUAUAGUUGUAGGCAGUAAGGUAUAAAAGUAUAUAGCUCUAAGCAGCAAGGUAAAAAAUAUAUCUCUAGGUUAUCAGGUUUAGGUUCAUAUAACUCUAGGUCCCUUAGAUCCAGUGCAAUUUUAAUGUCAAAUUUUAGUGGUGACGACGAAGAUGACGAACCAGAGUUGUCGGACACACUAAAAAUGUUGGAUCAACAACAAUCGGAGCAACUGUUAGGGCAACGGAAACGCAAAUACUGGUCGGAUAUGCCGUGGAAAUCGCGUCUCUAUCACAUCUUCAUGGCCUGUCUGUUAGGAUCGUGUUGUUGUCUAUCUAACACCCGUACCUACAAGAAUGCCCGGAGGCGGAAUCAGUCAAUGUCCGUGAUCCACUCAUCCGUGCGACGAAAGCGACGAAAAUCGCAGCGCAAUCUGUCGCCGCAACGUCGGAUACCGGCGAUUGUUGUCGGCAACAUGCAGUCAUCGACUGUGAUAACUCAACAUACGGCGAUUACCGAGGAGUUAUCAAAGAAUCGACGGGCCUCAACACUCUUUGGUGCUAUUAAUACUGGUGCUGCACCUGGCCUAGCAUCCGCGCUGAAAGUAGCACCAGCAGCAUUAGUUAGAGUGGAUGAUGAUGUAGAUAAUGAGGAGAGGAGGAGCAGUGGACAUAAGUUCCUGAAGAGGUGUAGUAAAGAUACGAAGCAUGGUGAUAUGGGGAAAAAUAGCUUUGGCACAGUCAAGGGGACUUAUGGUAUGACCAGAGAUAACUUUGGUUUGGCCAAUAACACCUAUAGUAACUCAAAGAACCGAGAUUCGGCCAAGUACAAAGACAGCACGGGCAAGUACAACAACAGUACGAGCAAAUAUAACAACAGCACGUCCAAGUACAGCAAGAAACACCGUUCUUUCCGUCUACCAUCUCAACGACGUGAACGUAGGCGAAAAGCUAGUGCUGUAGCUGCUUUACUGACCUCAACAUCACCAACAAAGAGUAGAAACUCCAAAAGAAGUCAGUUCGGCCGUUCCGUCUACAGAUCUCACAGCCGGCCGACGGUGGAGAAUGCGAUUGUAGAGAUGAAGAGAUUAGAGCUGUUGAAGGAUUGUAGCGAUUCAUGUCCAGAACCUGUGCUACGACUGGAUGAAGUCUAUGGGGAUCUUGAGGGUAUUGUCAUUGAUAUUGUAGUAGAUUUGUGGGUGAUAUUGUUGUAGACAUUGUGAUUGAUGUUGUAUUUUUUUCUCGAUGAUUGGUGUGAUUGAUAUUGUAGUAGCCAUUGUGGCUGAUAUUGUAUUUGUUUUUUGACGUUGUGAUAUUUUCAUGUUGUAGUAGAGGGAUUUGCCGGGUAGAACCCGAUUUUGGGCUUUAAACUGGGUUGAGUAUAGCAUUUUAAGUUUUUCUAUUAGUUUGAUGUUAUUGUAAAGUAAUUUUUGGUGAUUUAAGAACGUUUUUCUAUACUUUCGAUCUGAUUUUUGGUCUUUCCUAUUUGAUUUUGGCUUUCAAUGUGGUGGUGAAUAUGUAAUUUUUGAUUUUUUUAUAAGUUUGAUGUUAUUGUAGGGCAUUCUGUGGUGUUUCAGGGUGCUUGUCUUGAUUUUAAGGCCGUUUUUAGCUUUUAAAAUGAUGUUGAAUAUGCAAUUUUUAAUUUUUCUAUAAGCUUGAUCUUAUUGUAAGGUAUUCUGUGGUGUUUUAAUGGUGUUCUUUUAGCUUUUCUAUCUGUUUUUUUAAAGUUAUGGAAAGCACGUGGUUUUGCUAUUUUUUCUUUACUUUUCAAUGUUUUUAGUGCCAAAGCUUAUUGUAUAUGUAACCUUACAAGUAUAAUACAUUUUUUAUCAACUUUAAUGUACUGAUGACACAUAUAGCUUACUUUUUUUUACUUAAACCUUUAAAAUUUUAAACUAAAUUUCAAUUUUCAGCCUUUCAAAACAACGUUCGACCGGUCGAAGCGCCUACCGAACCCGACAACUCCGACACCAUCUCCCCUCCCAUCGAAAACUACGCCAUCCCUCCAAACCCAGCCGCCGACGAUCAGACGGAGAUCAGCACGAUGCUGUCGACUCGAUCCGGGUCAUUGCCGCACAAGCCCAUCAGGCCGCCGGCAAACAAAAGUCGGUCGGGCGGCUCGCUGAUCCGCCAAAACUACGCCAUGGAGGUGGGUUUUGGAUUGGUUAUUAAAAGGUUUAGCUAAUGAAAGUAAAUUUUUUAAAAAGAUGUUAUAAGCAUUAAAGGGGGGGGGGUAGGAUAAGGCAUGGUUUGGGCAGGGUAAGGAUAUUUAUAGGUUGGGGAAGGGUGAAUUCAAAGUAAGCUAAAGUCUAACUUGGUUGGGAGUACGGGGCAUACAUGUGGGAUGCGGUACUUCAGGCUGUUUUAAUGAUAGACAAGUAGGGGCGUCGCGACGGAUUUUUCCGGGGGGGGGAGAGAAAAAUGAAAACAGUCCGGGUCUAAAUCUUGGGCCCCGGGCCUGGCCGUUUCUCACCUCUAUAUGAUAGUUUAAAGUGCGGUAUCGUAAGGCAAGGGAAGACGUAUAUGUAGUGGUAUGGGUGAAAUAGGGUAGCUCAUGAUAAGAUAAGGUACGGUAGAGUAGGGUAGAGAAGAGUAGGGUAGGGCAAGGUAGAGAAGGGUAGGGCAGGGUAAGGUAGGGCAGGGUAGUAUGGCCAAAAUUUAAAAAAAAGUUAUUAGUACCACAAACUGCAGACGUAUUUUACAUUAUCAUCAAAAAAUAUACUCAAAACCUCUAAAUUAAGGCCGUCAUUUAUCGAUUGUAAGCUACAAAACUGACACUGGGAGUACCUUCUUCUCUGUGUUCAUAUGAACAUUAUAGUAGUAAGUAAUGUGUCCUCACUGACCUCAAUGUUGAACGUCAAACUUCACCUUUUGUUUUUACACUGUAAAAUGUCCACUAUGUCUUAAAGGUUACUGUAGAUUGAUCACAUUAUGUCAAAUUUUUAGUUACAGUAUUUACAAGGGUUAAAAGUUACUGUAAGCUAGUCAAAAUGUCAGUUUUAACCUAUUUUAUGGUAUAUUAUCAUAGAUACCUCAAUGUAAAGCUAAGUUACCAUCAAAACAUAAGCUGUCAAAUGUCCAAAACCUAAAUGUACGUCAAUAUAAAUCAAUGUCAACAUAUGUUAACGUACCUACCUUAAUGUCAACCUAUGUUAUGAAUCAAGAACGGCCAUAACCUGCCAUUUUCAGAACGUCGCAACACCGCUCAGCCAGCGACGUCGGCCUUUUUCACAGAUGCGUCGGCAACAAACGACGGGCUCUAUGUUACCGACCAGUCAGUAUUCGACCAGCGACGACCCUCACACCCAGCCACGGCACCCCUGGUCCCAUCUCCGGCUCCAACAGGCUCGCGCUUCCUUGACUGGGCUUUCGGCCAUAAAACAAGGUGAGCUAUUCUACCUUAACUUACCCUACCAUAUCUUCUUCUACCCUACCCCUACCAUGCCCUUUCUUUACUUUACCUUACCCUAUCAUGCCCUUUCUUUACCUUACCCUACCCUACCAUACUCUUUUUUACCCUACCAUACCCUGCCAUGCCCUUCCUUUACCAUAUCCUACCUUACCAUACCCGUUUCUUUACCUUACCCUACCCUACCAUGCCAUUUCUUUCCCUUACCCCACCCUACUCCUGUCUUUCCAGGCCCACCGAUCCAGCCAAACGGAAUGGGAUCGCUUCAUUUCUGGGCCGACACGCCAACGUCCUGUUCCUCAAUUCAGCGUUCCUGCGACCGGCGUGGCGUCGCUACACCCACCAACACAACCGCGACUGGUGGGAGCAACGCGAGCAACAACUCCACCUUCAGCAACUCAAUCGGCGUCAGCAACGGCGCCGCUCCAGCGUCUACUACGGACUGAGCGCGGACGAGUACGGCGGCCCGAGCACGGGCAUAUCACAGUGCUUAAGUUCAUAUGAUACGGAUCCAUCCUUGUCCAGUUUCGACUACGAAUGGCUAGCCAGAAGGAGGAGCAGCCGAUUGAGUGGGAUUGGACAGAUCGAGAAGGAGAAGGUAUGCUUGUGGGGAGGGUGAUGAAGGGUGUAGUUGGGCGGUAGGGGUAGAAUAAGGUGAGGUAGGCAAAGGGGCGGGUCAGGUAGGUAUAAGAACAGGGUUACGGUAAGUAAGGGCCGAGUUACAGUAUAUAAAGAUAGGGUAUGGUAGGGCAGGUUAGGAUAAAAUAGGGUAGGUUAAGGUAGGGUUGGGUAGAGCAGAGUACUGUAAAAUAGAGUAGGGUAUAGUAGAGGUGAGUAGAAGGGCAAAGGUAGACUUAGGUCUAUGUUAUCUUAUUGUUUACCAUCUUCAAAAAAUUUUUUCAGCCUUCCGCCCUGACAGUAUCAAACACCUUAAGCGCGAGAAGAUCAGUCCAAUCAGCCAGCCCCAACUUCUUAUCAGUACCAUCCUGGAACCAUUCCGACUCGAAACGUGGUUCACUUUUAUCGACCGGCGAACCAUCUUACACUCAAAACUCUCAAGCCGUUCUGAUUCCAGUGAAAACGGUUCAACUCAAUCGAGAACAACCAAAUCGCCCGAGGGCGAAUUGGCAGAGCUUUGUACGAAGAGUUCGAAAUUUGUUUAGAAUUCAAAAAUGGAUUGAUUGGCUCAGCCCGAGGGUCGAAAUGGAGCCGGACCUCAGUCCAAGGAGGAGAUUAGGCCAGCUACAAACUGAGACCAGCUAUUCUGGGUUUAUUUAUUAG